AUGGAGAAACCAUCAAAGGACCCUCUCCCUUUAUCUCCAGGAUGUAAAAUGGAAGAUGAGGACAUCACAAAAUAUUGUUUAGGAGGAAAGACAAUGAGCUCAGCUAUGGAUGGAGGAAUUCACAGUGUGGAAAGACCAUCAAAUCUCUCUGACUCUGAGCAACCUCAUACUGUGAGGGAUGGUGCUGGAAUUCAGGAGGAGGAGAAAUUUUCCAGUCCCGAAUGUGGGGAAAGUUUUAGCUCUGAAUUAAGUCUUACUAUACCUUGGAGAUCUCACACGGGUGAGAAACUUCAUUCCUGUUCUGACUGCGAGAAACGUUUUACAAAGAAGUCAAAUCUUUGCGAAAAAUGUUUUUCACAAAAAUCAAAUCUUGUUAUACAUCAGAAAUCUCACAGCGGGGAGAAGCCACAUUCCUGCCCUGAGUGUGGGAAAUGUUAUUUACACAAGUCAAAAUUUGUUUUACAUCAGAGAUCUCACACGGGAGAAAAGCCAUAUUCCUGCCCCGAAUGUGGAAAAUGUUUUUCACAGAAAUCAGACCUUGUUAAACAUCAAAAAUCUCACACAGGUGAGAAGCCAUCGCCCUGCCCUGAGUGCGGGAAAUGUUUUUCAUUGAAAUCUAGGUUAGUUAUACAUCAGAGAUCUCACACAGGGGAAAAGGUCUAUUCCUGCACUGAAUGCGGAAAAUGGUUUUUUAAAAAAUCAGACCUUGUUAAACAUCAGAGAUCUCACACAGGUGAGAAGCCGUAUUCUUGUCCUGAGUGCCGGAAAUGUUUUUCACGGUUGUCCUCAGUUUACGCACAUCAGAAAAUUCACGCAGAUGAGAAGCCAUAUUCCUGCCCUGAGUGUGGGAAAUGUUUUUCAUGGCAACACGGUCUUGUUAUACAUCAGAGAUUGCACACGGGUGAGAAGCCACAUUCCUGCCCUGAGUGUGAAAAAUAUUUUACACGGAAAUCAGGUCUUAUUCUACAUCAGAGAUUACACACAGGCGAGAAGCCGUAUUCCUGUGCUGAGUGUGGGAAAUGUUUUAUAAGGAAAUUAGGCCUUGUUCUACAUCAAAUGUCUCACGAAUGAAUCUGAACCCCGCAGAAGUCAAUGGGAGCAGAAUUGUUAAAAAUUAAUUCAAGCCAUUUUUAACUCUAAUGGGUAAGAGAUUGUCAAAGAUCAUGGAAAGCUGGGCACUGCCCUUGGAGAUAUUGAGAUGUAUACUACUAGGAAACUACAGACCAAUCAGCCUAACAUCAAUAGUAUGUAAGAUAUUUGAGGGAAUGAUGAGGAACUCCAUACAGAAAUUUGUCUGUAAUAAAAGGUAUUGUAAGUGACAACCAGCAUGGAUUUAUGGAAGAGUGUUCUUGACCCACCAACCUGUUAUUAUUCUAUGAGGAAGUGAGAAAUUGGAUUGUGGAAGUUCUGUGGAUUGAGUUUAUCUAGAUUUUGCACCUCCAUAAAUGUUUAAUCCAAGAAAAUAAGGUUUGUUGAAGUUGAUGGAAUUGUAUGUAGAUGGAGAGGAAACUGAUUACAUGAACGGGCCCAGAGAGUAGUAAUAAACGACCCAUUCUCUGACUGGUGGGCCUCAGGGUUCUAUCUUGUGGCCAAUGCUGUUUAAUUUGUUUAUUACCGAUAUUUGGAAUCAAGAGCUCAGUUGCCGUUUUUGUUGAUGAUACCAAAUUAUGCUAGGAGAUAACGUUGACACAACAUGUAGCAUCCUUAUAGGAAGACCUUACCAAAAUAAAGGGUUGGGUAGCCACAUGGCAGAUGAGGUUCAAUAUGGAGAAAUGUAAAGUUAUGCAACUGGGUGCCAAAAAUAUCCAUUGGGAGGGGCUCCCCUGGGAGAAUCGGUGAUGAAAAGGGAUAUACAGUUGCUUGUAGAUCACAGACUUGGCAAUGGAAGGCAAGCAGACUACACUUAUGCAGUAAAAAGGACACUGGUUCCCCCUCAUCUCAUAUGCAGUUCAGUUGUGGUCAGCAAUCCUCAAGAAAGAUGUUGAAUUAGAAAGGGUUCAGUGAAGGACAACACAAUUAAUAAGGGGGAUGGAGGACCUCAGCUAUGAGAACCAAUGACAUAGAUUAUGUUUUUUUUUCUGAAGAGAUGCCUAAAAGAGGAUAUGAUUACAAUGUAAGAUAGACUUGAUCUGCUUUACCUGAUCCCUAGGGAUCAAAGGCUCUGGUAAGGGUCAAGUGUGUUCAUCGGUGGUGGUUUCUUUGUCUAUUGCACACUGUUUUGUCCAUCAUUCACUGGGGGAUGUCCUGUAUGUGUUAAUCAUCGCACAGAUUUACACUAUGCUAGCAUUUUUAUUAUUUUUCUUGGCUGCUCCGUCGGUGGACUGGUGACCCUUUGGAGGAUCCAAUCAGGAGGCAAGCUGCGCUGCUAUCCAUUUGAUUUGGCUAUUUCUGCACUACUUGCACUACUAUCUGAAAUUCUGGUAAGGGUCAACAUUUCUUAUUGGGUGAUGGCUCCAGAUUUUUUCACCUUGGCAGCAGGAUUAUCAUUAUAGAUUGGACACGCUGUGGACUUUUUCUGUAGUGUCUUCACAUUUAUUAUUGGACUUUAUUUAUUUUCUAUGCUUGUGAACCAUUCACAUCAUUCACAUUAUUUAU